AUCUUGUCUUGGUUAUAAAAGGGUGAUAGUGCAAUUCACUUUCUUGUCAUCACAUAUUUUUCCACUUAUUACACCCCCCCUCCCGCGUCACUACACAUUAACUUCUUUUCUUCUUCUCCUCCUCCUCUGUAUACCACUCACUCAUUCACUCUCAUUCAUUCAAUACAAAGAAAAAGGAAUAUCAAUAUGCCUUCCGCUGACGAAUCUUCAUCAAUUUCCGGCCAAACCAUAUGUGUCACCGGUGCCGGAGGCUUCAUCGCUUCAUGGAUGGUUAAACUUCUCUUAGAAAAAGGCUACACUGUCAGAGGAACUUUGAGAAACCCAGAUGAUCCCAAAAAUGGGCACUUGAAAGAUUUGGAAGGAGCAAAGGAAAGAUUAACUCUUGUCAAAGUUGAUCUCCUUGAUCUUAACUCCGUUAAACAAGCCGUUAAUGGAUGUCAUGGUGUUUUUCACACUGCUUCUCCCGUUACAGAUAACCCCGAAGAAAUGGUGGAGCCUGCAGUGAAUGGAGCAAAGAAUGUGAUCAUAGCGGCUGCCGAAGCAAAUGUGCGGCGCGUGGUUUUCACUUCAUCAAUUGGAGCUGUCUAUAUGGACCCCAAGAGGAGUGUUGAUGUUGAAGUUGACGAGUCUUGUUGGAGUGAUUUGGAGUUUUGCAAGAACACCAAGAAUUGGUAUUGCUAUGGAAAAGCAGUGGCAGAACAAGCAGCAUGGGAAGUGGCAAAAGAGAAAGGGGUGGAUUUGGUUGUAGUGAAUCCAGUUUUGGUUCUAGGACCAUUGCUACAACCAACAAUCAAUGCAAGCACAAUUCACAUACUAAAGUACCUAACUGGAUCAGCUAAGACCUAUGCAAAUGCAACACAAGCUUAUGUUCAUGUUAGGGAUGUGGCAUUAGCUCACAUACUUGUUUUUGAGAAACCAUCUGCUUCUGGUAGAUACUUAUGUGCUGAAAGUUCAUUGCACCGUGGGGAGCUUGUUGAAAUUCUUGCUAAGUACUUCCCAGAGUACCCUAUUCCUACCAAGUGUUCAGAUGAAAAGAAUCCUCGAGUGAAACCACAUAUCUUCUCAAAUAAAAAACUGAAAGAUUUGGGAUUGGAAUUCACUCCAGUGAGUCAAUGUUUAUAUGAAACUGUUAAGAGCUUGCAAGAGCAAGGUCAUCUUUCUGUUCCAAAGAAAGAAGAUUAAUUAAUACUCUACCAAUCAAAUCCUAAACCUUUAAUUAUUCAAUUUGUCAACAAGUUUAAUUAAUUAAGGACAAAAGUAUUGAAACAAGUAUUAGCAAUCUACUAAGCUUUAUGUUACACAUUAUGGGAUUCUUACUAUAGAAGACCAUAAUUGGAUAUUGUAAGAAUUAAGGCAUCAUGCAAAAAUUGUAGUUCUCCUUAUGUUUGAAAAUAAUAUCAGGAUAUUAUUGUCAUUCUUAUUAACAAUAAUACAUUGAGGUAUGAUUCAAUUAAUUAGUACGGUGAAUUAGAUAGUCAUGUAUGUGAGUUAGUUACCACAAAAAAAAUCAUGAGUUAGCUAGAGUACCCCUUGUCGUACCUGUACUAUGUGCUUGUUUGAGUUGAUUUGUUUUUGAGUUAAUGCAAAAUAACAUAUGCAAAUAAAAAAGUUUUAUGUA